AUGAUGAUGAUGUCGCUGAACAGCAAGCAGGCGUUCAGCAUGCCGCACGGCAGCAGCCUGCACGUGGAGCCCAAGUACUCGGCACUGCACAGUGCCUCUCCCGGCUCCUCCGCUCCCGCGGCGCCCGCGGCCAGCUCUCCCAGCAGCUCCAGCAAUGCUGCCGGCAGUGGCGGCGGCGGUGGCGGCGGAGGCCGGAGCAGUAGCUCCAGUAGCAGCGGUAGCGGCGGCGGCGGCGGGGGUUCCGAGGCGAUGCGAAGAGCGUGUCUUCCAACCCCACCGAGCAAUAUAUUCGGCGGGCUGGAUGAGAGUCUGCUGGCCCGCGCGGAGGCUCUGGCGGCCGUGGACAUCGUCUCCCAGAGCAAGAGCCACCACCACCACCCGCCCCACCACAGCCCCUUCAAGCCGGACGCCACCUACCACACCAUGAACACCAUCCCGUGCACGUCCUCCGCCUCCUCCUCGUCGGUGCCCAUCUCGCACCCGUCCGCGCUGGCGGGCACGCACCACCACCAUCACCACCACCACCACCACCACCACCAGCCGCACCAGGCGCUGGAGGGAGAGCUGCUGGAGCACCUGAGUCCCGGGCUGGCGCUGGGUGCCAUGGCGGGCCCCGACGGCGCCGUGGUAUCCACGCCAGCUCACGCGCCGCACAUGGCUACCAUGAACCCCAUGCAUCAAGCAGCGCUCAGCAUGGCCCACACUCACGGGCUGCCCUCCCACAUGGGCUGCAUGAGCGACGUGGACGCCGACCCCCGGGACCUGGAGGCAUUCGCCGAGCGCUUCAAGCAGCGACGCAUCAAGCUGGGGGUGACCCAGGCGGACGUGGGCUCGGCGCUGGCCAACCUCAAGAUCCCCGGCGUGGGCUCGCUGAGCCAGAGCACCAUCUGCAGGUUUGAGUCCCUCACGCUGUCGCACAACAAUAUGAUCGCGCUCAAACCCAUCUUGCAAGCGUGGCUCGAGGAGGCCGAGAAGUCCCACCGCGAGAAGCUCACCAAGCCCGAGCUCUUCAACGGCGCGGAGAAGAAGCGCAAACGCACGUCCAUCGCCGCGCCGGAGAAACGCUCGCUGGAAGCCUACUUCGCCAUCCAGCCGCGGCCCUCCUCCGAGAAGAUCGCCGCCAUCGCCGAGAAGCUGGACCUUAAGAAAAACGUGGUGCGGGUCUGGUUCUGCAACCAGAGGCAGAAACAGAAAAGGAUGAAAUAUUCUGCGGGCAUUUAG